AUUUAUUUUUGUGUUCUGCCUUUGCUAGCUACUCGGGCGAUUCUCAGUAUCGUUUACACAGUAUUAAUACACAGUAUCAGUACAUACUCUCACUAUCUCGAUAGACUAUUUUUUUUUAGAUUUUCCACCUUUCCAACUUUCCCUCCUACAAAGUUCAAGAUCAUUGACGGCGAUGCUAGGCGCCCGACGCCACCAUUAAAAACCUCUAUAUUAUUAUUAAAAUUUAAAACCUUUAUAGUUAACGGCUAUUUCUAA